AUGCUUACUGUGUUCUCAGAUGGAGUUUUCCUCCUUCUUCUGUUGUUUUGGAAUUCUUCUGGACUUGAACCAGCAGAGGCUCCAAUGUGUUCUGAUGAUUGGGUGACAAUGAGAAAAAGAUCUUUUGAUAAUCACACAGAAGUUAGAAUUGGUGACAUACACUCAGGAAAUAACUGUUCUGUCACCAGGAUGCUGACCUUCAACAAUGAGUUUUUUUAUCCUGUUGUUUCCUGUGGGAUCAAAUUUAUAUUGCAAGGAAAUGAUGCUUUCUCAUUAUCUGAGAACAGACUAGCAUUAGAUAUCACCCAUAAAUUCCAGGUAGUUUGCUUUGUGAAGAUACUUAAACUCGACUCGGUGCCUUUUGGAAUGAAUGGAGAUGAUGUAACUACCUUGAGUGACAGCUCUCAAGUAACAAAAGGACAAUAG